AUGGGCAACAGCUCCUCCAAAGACGAGAAACGAGCGAAUGGCACACGACACGGCAACAAUCCCUCCCGCACCACACAAGUAGCCUCCUCCACCCAAGCCACCGCUUCCUCCGACGCUCUCUCCCAACAACUACAAGCACCUCGAGCUUCCAGUCGAAGAGGAAGCCGCCAUGACCUCUCCAUCUUCAACAUCGGCCGCGGAGGAGGAGGAGGCGAGCGCAUCAUUGAAAUCACCCCAGAACGACCUCGAGAAACGAAACAAGAGCGAGAAGCGCGGAAAGUGGAAAAGGAGCGGCAGGCGAGGGUGAAGGAGCGGGAAAGGAGUAUGCGGGAAGAACACGUCGAUGGGGGUUAUCUCGUCACGGUGGGGACGUAUACCGGACCGGAGGACUUCAACAAAGCGGUCGUGAGGCAGUUGAUGAUUGAGAGACGGCUGGCUCCGUUUUGGAAGGGACUCGAAGAUCAUAAUGAGGCGUGGACGGAGGCGCAGUUGUUUGCUGCCGCGAGGGGACUGCCGAUUCCUGCGCCGGACGAGGUUCCGGCUGAGAUGGCGAGGACGACAUCACAGGCGACGGAGAUGGCGCGGACGACAUCUCAGGCUUCUUCGACCGUUCCGCCUGGGACGGACGCCAAUGUCAAUUCGUUGACUGUUCCGAUCACGUCUAGGUCGCAGUCGUAUCAGUCCGACCAUUCGGCGAAUCUGUCCGCGUCACAUCCUGCUUUCUCGAAUACCCUAUCGAGUCCUUCAUCACCCAGCAGUGCGCCGACUAGCACGUUCCGCGGACGUGCGAAAACUCUCGCUUCUCUCGCCAGCGGCAACAAGUCUCAAUCUCCCGAUCUCACACCGCAAGAAGUCCGUCUCCCCACGGAUCCAUACGUCAACGGUCAGCAAUUGGAAGUCUACCUCUACAAAGACGCCGCAGAAUGUCCCAUCUGCUUCCUCUACUACCCUCCCUACCUCAACCGAACGCGAUGCUGCGACCAAGCCAUCUGCUCGGAAUGUUUCGUCCAAAUCAAACGACCAGAUCCACAUCCUCCUGAACAUGAACAACCCGGCCAGCCUCGAGCUCCCGAGGAAGAAGCCGACUUGCUCGUCUCAGAAGUCGCCGCAUGUCCCUUUUGCGUCACUCCUGAAUUUGGAGUCACUUACGAACCACCACCUUUCCGCCGGGGGCUAGCAUACGCCGGUAGCAACUCCCUCCGCAACGCCGCCACCUCCGCCAUGUCCUCAUCUACAUCUCUUCACUCCGGUAGUCCAGCUGUCACACGCAGACGAGCGACGUCAAUAUCGGCCACAUCCUCGAAUGUCAUCACCACGGAUCGAGUACGACCGGACUGGGCGAAGAAAUUGGCGGACGCGCGAGCGAAUGCGUUGAGGAGGAGUGCAGCCGCGACGGCGUUGCAUAAUGCGGCGUAUGUGCUUGGGAACGUCGGGGAAGGAGGGAGAGGUAACGGACUAAUCGGACGGCGAAGAAGAGGGAUAUUCACAGACAGUCCAGGGGGGCAGAGCGGGAGCGUGACGCCUCGGGAAGGCGACACCACCCCAGACCUCACGGGAACCCGAACCUCUUCCCGCCGUAUGGGCCCGCCGCAACGGGUGGAGGAUUUGGAGGAGAUGAUGAUGAUGGAGGCGAUUCGACAGUCUUUGGCGGCGGAGGAGGAGAGGAAGAAGAAGGAGGAGAAGGAAGUGGCGAAGGAGGAGAAGAGGAAGAGGAAGGAGGGGAAGAAGAUGGAGAAGGAGAAGAGGAAGAGAGGGGGGAGUGGGGCGAGUGGGAGUGGGAGUGCGACAGGAGUGGCGGAUGGAAAGGGCAAGGGACCGAGGUUGGAGAUCCCGGAGGGAGAGAGAUCGAUGGCGAGGGAAGGGGGAGGAGGAGGAUCGGGUGCUUCUUCGCUGUCCUCGACGACGACUUCAUCUCUCCUGGAAAGUUCUCCUCCGAGGACGAUGACUGCCACCGCGGCGGGACCGGCUGGCCAGAGCGUUGAGGACUCGCAACGACAUCUGGAGAGUUCGAGGGCGGGACUGACGAUGCCGAAUGCGACGCCGCUGACGAAUCAGAAUCCGCCGAUGACGAUACCCCAGCACUCGAGGCAGCUUUCGUCAUUAUCAUAUAUGAGUAACGUUGGGUCGACGAAUUCUACUGGGGCGGGAGAGGAGGGUGGAGGAGGGGGUGGAGGCGUGGAGGCGUUGAGGAACGGAGUUGUACAGCCGCCACUUCCUUCAGAAAGUGGUAUUGAGGGAAGGAGUGGGAUUGCAGGAAAGGGAAAGGAGAGGGUUGAGGAAGUGGAGAGGUUGGUACAAUGA